AUGUCUCGCUGCUGGCCGUAUCCCCCGCCGGGGUUCCAGAAGAAGCCUCGGGAUCCGUCUCUAAGCGUUCCUAAGGAAACGAGGUCGGAGGGUAAGGAUAAGGAUCGAGACAAGGAUAAGAAAAAGAAGAAGAAGAAGCGGCAUAGGGAAGGGGGCGAGGGGGAAGACAAGGAGGAGCGGAAGCGGCGCAAGGAGGAGAAGAAACGGGCCAAGGAGUUAAAAGAGUCCAAGGAUUCUAAGGAGCCGAAGGACAAGGAACAUAAGGAUAAGGACUCUAAGGAUAAGGAAUCUAAGGAUAGAGAAUCUAAGGAGCACCAGAAGCUGUUGUCGGAGGACUCGGCGCGCAAGGAGAAGGAUGGGAACACGGAUAAGGGGAAGGGUGGGGACACGGACAGGGCGAAGGUCGGGGAGAAAGAGAAGGGCGAGAAAGGGGAGGGUUUGCGUUUGGAGACGUCUCGAAAAGAGGAGAAGAGCAAGGGAGAGAAGGGUGAGGGUUUGGGUCUUGAGGCGUCUCAAAAGGAAGAGAAGAUUAAAAGCAAGGGGGGUGAGAGUAAGGGUUUGGGGGAAGAAAAGGAUGAGGGUGGGAAGCAGAAGAAUGAAUUGCGGAAAGAGGUUGGGAAGGAGGGCGGGUACGUGGAGGAGGCUAGUGGAGAGGGGAAGGAGGGGAAGGAAGGGAAGGGAAAGGACGAGAAGAGGAAGGAGGAGAAGAAGGAGGGGGGGAAUAAGGAGGAGAGAAAGAAAGAGGAGAAGAGAAAGGAGGACAGGCAUGAGGAUGGGAAGAGGAAGGAGGAGAGACACAAGGAGAAGGAGAAGCGGAGGGAGGAGAAGCGACGAGAAGAGAAACACAGAGACAAGCACAAAGACAAGAAGCAGGACCGGAAGGCGGUGCCGCAAGGCAUGCCCAACGGGGAGAACGGCGUUCCACGCCCUCCUGCCCCCCCAGAUACACGUGGCGUCAAUGCGGUGGACACACAAGCACUGGCUGAGAUGGAAGCUGAAGUGAGCUUUGCUGACUGGCUCAUGCCAGAGCCGGGGGUUGGUGAGCGGGGGGAGGGAGGGAUGAGAGAGGUGGGGGCGAAAGGUGAGGGGGUGAACGAUGGGAGGUUGAAAGAUGGGAGGUUGGCGGACAAAGAUAUGGACGACACGGGGGUGAGAGACAGUGGAAUGCGGGAUGUGGAGAUGAAGGAAGGUGCUGGAGAUGAGGAUGAGGAGGAGGGGGACAGGGAGGAGGGGGAGAAGAGUGAGAGAGUGAACCACCAGCAGAAGAGAGGAGCAGCAACAGACACACCACCAGCAACCGGAUUCAACGGCUUCCCAUCCUUCACCACCGCUCCGUUCCCUGCUGCAACCAACAAUGCAGCAUCAGCGCCAGCAUCAGAUUCAGCAGCUGCUUUUCCAGACCAGGCCCGGGCACAGGAGUGUCUGAAGACUGUCCGCGCUCUCAACAUGCAGUUCGCCAGUUGGGUGCAGCAGCAGCAGAAGGAGCAUGGUGACGAGCUGUGGAGUGAUGGGUUGCAUGACUAUAUCGACCAUGCCACUACCCUCAUGGCCACCUACAAGGACGUCGUUGACUGGAUCAAGUCCAAAUCCGCCUCUCCACCGCCUUCCACCGCACCAACUGCACCUGCAACCGCAUUCAACGCCCCUGCAUUCACAACCGCCGCCCCUGCCUUCACCACAUCCCCCCCCUUCGCGUUCUCACCUGCACCAUCCGCGGCACCCAACUUUGGCUUCCCUGCAGCAGCACCGCUCGCGCCCAUUGCUGUCGGUGGCGCUGCAAAAGAAGAAGAGGAGGAGGAGGAAGAUCAGGGACCUGCGAGUCCGUCAGUGAAGCGAGCGGAGGAGAGUGGGGUGGAUAUAGUGCAUGAGGCCCGGGCCAAGAUCUACGUGCAGAAGGCCAAGGGCGAGGAGGGCCCAGCGUGGAAGGACAAGGGCAGCGGCACAGUGAUUGUGAAGAUGCACAAGGGAGGGGCGUCCCUGCGCGCGUCAGUGCUGUUCCGCAACGAUGUGGGCAAGGUGAUGCUGAACGCACCUCUCUACAAGGGCAUCACCAUCAUGCUCAAGAAGAACAACAUAACUGCUGUUCUGCAGUCAUGUCAAGAUGACACUGCUCCGGCCGGUACCACGCUUGACAAAUCCCCGAGGCCUGUGACGUUCAAGCUUGCGUCGGUGAAGGCAGCUGAAGACUUACAAGCUGGAUUCAAGGAAGCUUGCGACAAGUUCCUCCACACCAGAUUCUUUUCCGCAGUCAGCUCAUCCAGCCAAAGCCUACUCUCAGCCAUGGCUGCCUUCGCUGUCUGCUCUGCCUCCGUGGUGGCUCCCACCAGCCUCUUGGCUAACAAGAGCGCUGUGUCGAGCAAGGUCGUUGCUACCCCCAUGCUCGUCAGCAACAAGAGCCGCGUUGUGAUGAGCGCGAAGAAGGAGCAGAACGUUGCUCUCCCCGCCACCGCUGCUCUGCUCGCUGCCGCCAUCAUCCCGGAGAUUGCUGAGGCUGCCCAGCCCGGCGUGUCCCCUUCACUGCAGAACCUGAUCAACAGCGUGAUUGCUGGCGGUGUUGUCCUGGGUGGCAUUGCCGUAGCUAUCAUUGGCGUGUCUACCUUCGACCCCGUCAAGAGAAAGUAA